AUGCCCAGACCAGCUUCGAUCGUCGAAAUUCCCGAUAGAAGUUACCGGCCGGAUCGCCAAAACGGCCGCCACGCGCCUUCAUCCGACUCUUCCCCCGUCUAUCGCCGUCGCAGCCCUUGCUACAGCAGGUACGACGAGCGCUGUCGGGAGACGGAUCGAGGACGCAGCCGCCGCUCGAUCUCUCCGGCUCACCGAAGCCCUAGGUCAAACCCUAGCCCUAGAAGAAGGAGAAGCCCCAGCUCUUGGGCUAAAGAAAACCUAGAUUCUCUCCCGACUAAGUUCGGCCGCUGCGAUGGUGGUGGCUACCGAAACGGAAGGGAUACGGAACCGGAGUCCGACGAGGAAUUGAAGGAUUUGAGCUUUGAAGAGAAGAGGAGGCUGAAGAGGCAGAAGCUUAGGAAGUCGCUGAGUUACUGUAUUUGGGAGGUUACCCCUAGUCCACCGAGGCUCGAUAACGGGACCGAUGAGGAAGAGACGGAACGGAGGGGAGAUGGUAGUUCGGACAAAAACCAUUGCAGUGGGAAAGACAAAUUAGGAGAUGGGAAUGGCCUACCGGAUAUUGAGUCAGGGGAUUCUGGAAGUAGCGAGUCGGAGAGCCCGUCUGAAUCUGAGUCUGACGAUUCACGGUCGAGAAGGAAGAAGAGAAGCUCGAGAUCCAAGCGUAGAAGAGGUAAGGGAUCAGAUAUCUCGCCCGGGAGUGAAUCGGAAGAUUUGAAGUCGAGGAAGAAGAGAAGCAGUUUGAGUUCUAUGCCUAGGAGUACUAAGUCACCUGUGGAUAGCGGCAGUAAACAGGUCGAGGAUGUGGGUGAGAGUGCAAGCGAUUCUGAAGAGGAGAAUGGUGGUCGCCGGAAGAAGAAGUCAGCCAAGAGGAGCAAGAGCAGCAGAAAGAGUCGCAGAAGCAGAAAAAGUGGGAGAAAGAGUAGGCAUUCUGAUUCUGAUGAUAGCGAGAGUGAGGAUUCUGAUGAUAGCAAUGAGAAGUCCAAGUCGAAGAAGUGGAAACACAAAUCAGGCUCCCGUGCAAAACUCUCCAAGAAGAAGAGAAAAUCACAAUCCGACGGUGAAAGUGUGGAUUCUGAAAUUGAUACAAAGAGCAAACCAGAAAUAGCAGCAGAUGAAGAUGCUAUAACAGCUGAAAUGAACACUGAAGCUUUGAUGUUCAAAGAACUGAUGGAGGCACCAAAGAAACCUGCUUUUGACAGUGAACCUGCCGUUGGUCCAAUGCCUUUGCCUAGAGCUGAGGGGCACAUUAGCUAUGGUGGUGCUUUGAGACCUGGUGAAGGUGAUGCCAUUGCUCAGUAUGUGCAACAAGGGAAGCGUAUCCCAAGAAGAGGUGAAGUGGGUCUCUCUGCUGAUGAGAUACAGAGGUUUGAGGGUCUAGGGUAUGUGAUGAGUGGUAGCAGGCAUCAGAGGAUGAAUGCAAUUCGUAUAAGGAAAGAAAACCAGGUAUACAGUGCUGAGGACAAGCGUGCUUUGGCCAUGUUUAACUAUGAAGAGAAAGCGAAACGUGAGCACAAGGUUAUGGCUGAUCUACAGCGUUUGGUCCAGCGCCAUAUUGGAGAGGAUGUAGGUCCGAACCACGAUCCGUUUGGUGCAAAAGGAUCCGAUGAAGCUGAUGAUUGA